AUGACAUGGCUGCCGGGGGAGGGCCUGCAGACCGGGACGCGGUAGGGAGCUGGUCCCGCUGGCCGGCGCAGCAUGGCGCGACCUGUCGCUCAGCCCGGCCGGUCAGUGAGGGUGCGAGUGCUGGCGAUUCUCUGCUGCCUGCUGCGGGUGGGCAGCGCCGCUCUCCUGGCGCCUGCGGGCACCUGGCUGGGGGAACAGGGCGGCGGUGCUCAGGGCCGCCUGCCCUGGGAUGGAGACGGCCGGGACGAAGAAGUGGCGGCGGCGGCCCUGCGGGAAAGCACUAAAAGAAUUAGCUUACUGAACUCAUCAUCAAAAGAUAAUAUGACCGCUUUCUAUGGAAUAAACCAGUUUUCUCACCUGUUUCCUGAAGAGUUCAAAGCUCUUUACUUAAGAAGCAUACCUCACAAACUUCCCAGAUACAUAAAAGUGCCAAAGGGAAAGGAAAAGCCUUUGCCAAAGAAGUUUGACUGGAGGGACAAGAAAGUCAUUGCAGAAGUGAGAAAUCAGCAAACAUGUGGAGGCUGCUGGGCUUUCAGCGUGGUGGGUGGUAUAGAGUCUGCCUACGCAAUUAAAGGAAAUAACCUGGAAGAACUCAGCGUACAGCAGGUUAUUGACUGUUCAUACAAUAAUUAUGGCUGCAGCGGGGGAUCCACUGUUAGUGCUUUGAACUGGCUGAACCAGACAAAAGUAAAACUCGUGAGAGAUUCAGAAUACACUUUUAAAGCUCAGACAGGACUGUGCCAUUAUUUUGGUCACUCAGAUUUUGGAGUUUCAAUAGCAGGAUUUGCUGCAUAUGACUUCAGCGAUCAAGAAGAAGAAAUGAUGAGGGUGCUUGUGAACUGGGGCCCUUUGGCAGUAACAGUAGAUGCGGUUAGCUGGCAGGAUUAUCUUGGUGGGAUCAUACAAUAUCACUGCUCCAGUGGAAGAGCAAAUCAUGCUGUUCUUAUCACUGGUUUUGACAGAACAGGUAGUAUCCCUUACUGGAUUGUACAGAACUCUUGGGGGCCCACAUGGGGAAUAGACGGCUAUGUUCGUGUUAAGAUAGGCAGCAAUGUCUGUGGUAUAGCAGAUACAGUUUCAGCAGUUUUUGUUUGACACUUACUGGCCAAAGACCCCAAGUAUCAUUUGGACACACUGUACAUGAAGAUUUGCUUCAAAACAGCACUUUCUAAAAUAAGAAAUCUCUGUAAGGGCAACUCUUCCUUUUAAGCAAUACAGGAAUGGAUUGGCUGGAGUUUUUAAAAAUGUUUUUAUUUGGAAUGUGGUGUGUGUCAAAUCUCUCAUGGAAUAAGAAGACUUGGAGUAAUCUGCAGAGUAUACAAAAAGAAGUUACAAUGAUGGACUGAAA